UUUAUAUUUAGUGGUCGACGAGAAACUUAUUAGUUCAUAGCUGUGACAACGAGACGAGCUGAAGGAGUUUACACUUACAUAUUUUUGGAUUAUCAUGGAGAAUACAACAAAUCACGUUUUCGAAGUAACUGAUCUGAAGUUCUCUUGGACGGAUUACAGCUUAUUCGCAUUAACAUUGCUUUCGAGCGCUGCGAUUGGCGUAUAUUUCGGUUUCGUCUCGAGAAAACAGAAUACAGCAAAAGAUUAUUUACUGGGAGGAAAGCAAAUGCACCCAAUACCAAUAGCCUUAUCGCUAAUAUCAUGCAACGUUUCAGGCAUCACGAUAAUGGCCGUUCCUUCAGACGUCUUCAGAUUCGGUUUUCAAUACUGGUUGAGUGGUUUAGCAAUGCAGCUGUGCAUCCUCAUAGCUUAUUACAUAACGUUACCAGUCUUCUUCCACCUGGAAAUAUCCUCAACUUACGAGUAUUUGAAUAUGAGAUUCGGUAAUCGCAUGAGGAAUUUGGCUUCAAGUUUGUUCGCUUUAAACAUGAUUUUGUACCUACCCAUAGUAAUCUACGCUCCGGCUUUAGCUCUAUCUCAAGUUACUGGAUUCCACAUACAUAUAAUAACGUUAUUGGUUUGCGGCGUUUGCAUUUUUUACACGACAAUUGGAGGAUUGAAAGCUGUAGUCUGGACAGACGCUUUGCAAGGUCUUCUCAUGAUGAUCUCAAUUGUAGCUGUCGCCAUUGUAGGAACCGUUUCCGUUGGCGGUUUUAAGAAAGUCUUUGAUGUAACAUCGAAGGCAACUUUACUCGACAUGAAUUACGACGUUGAUCCAACUGUGAGAGAUACAGUGUGGACUAUUCUUAUAGGUUCGAUUUUCGUUUGGGCCAACAUUAUUUCUGUGGGUCAAAGCAGCGUGCAAAAGUGCUUGGCUUUACCCACUUUCAAAGAAGUUAAAUCAGCUUUCAUUAUAUUCACCAUUGGGAUUGGUAUCAUAGUUUACGGUAGCGUUUACAUAGGUCUCUUGAUUUACACGCAGUACCACGAUUGUGACCCAUUGAAAACCAAGACAAUCAGAGUCCCCGAUCAACUUUUACCUUAUUACGUUUUGGACGUUGUCGCCAAAGUUCCUGGUUUACCUGGUUUGUUCAUUGCUGGCGUCUUCAGCGGAGGUCUCAGUACUUUAUCAGCGGCGAUGAACGCUUUAUCUUGCACCGUUUACAAGGACUUCAUAGCUCCGCACAUGUCUAAGGAUUAUCCUCAGGAAAAAGUUGGAGUUAUCCUCAAAUGGCUUGUCGUCGUGAUCGGUAUAAUCUGCACAGCCAUGGUCUUCGUGGUAGAGCAAUUAGGAAGCAUUUUACCAUUAGUCUUUGGUAUUACCAGCAUAACUGCAGGACCUUUACUUGGCGUUUUCUUCUUAGGAAUGUUGGUCCCAAAAGCUAACAGCAAAGGCGCUUUAUCCGGUUGUUUAUCAGCCUUGGCAGUUUCUUCAGUCACCAUAAUAGGCUCAUAUUAUUACAAAAUGAAAUACCGCAUGAUUUUGGAUAUAAAACCAACGACGAUGGACGAAUGCCCAAUUUCCAAUAAUUCAACACUACUAAACCCUCUUUCACAAGAAUCGGAUUGGGAACCUUUCUACUUAUUCCGAAUCUCAUUUUACUACUACACUUUGCUAGGAUUAUUGGUCGUUUUUCUCGUGGCGAUUCCAGUCAGCAAGUUAACAGAAGAUUCUGAACCGAAAGUAUCGAAAAAACUAAUUAGUCCAAUCAUUCAUUUUCUGAUGGACGAAGAGGAUGAAAAUGAGAAUCCUCCUAAUUACACAGCGGUCAAAGAUGACGUCGAAUUGGAAGAAUCGAAAGAAUUGGAUCCGUUUAUUAAAUGAUUAUUUACAUAUAUUUUUAUUGUUUUAAAAUUCUACAGUAAACAUUUAAAACAAAAAUUACUAGAAACUGUGAUUCAUGUAACAUCAAAU